AUGUCCGACGCCAUCCCGCCUGAGAUUGCCGACGCCAACAAAGGCCCUGGCAUCCUCGCCGUCAUCAUUCCCGUCUCCGUCUUCAGUACGCUCUUUACCGCCGCCCGCCUCUGGGUUCGAGGCAAGAUCCUGCGCCAGUUCCACGCCGACGACUGGCUUAUCGUGGUAUCUGUGAUAUGCUGCUGGAUCUCCGUGGCUUUGGCCGUCAAGGCCAUUGAUAACGGCAAUGGCCGUCACAUUGUCACCCUCAGCCAAGAAGAGCAAGAGGGUGUUGUCUUCUGGACCCUAGUCGGGUUUCCCUUGGGUAUCCUAUCCUUCGGUAUCCCAAAGCUCGCUGUCGUUGCCGUCCUUACGCGCAUCAUGAGUCCCGGACGGACGCAUACCAUUGUCCUCUGGACUAUGGCCGGCGUCUGCAACGUCCUUUUGGCCCUCAACGCCGUCUUCUUGCUGGGGAGGUGUGUUCCCGCAGAGUCCCAGUGGAACUUUGACAUCAAGGGAAAGUGCUGGGAUCCCCAAAUCCUGGUUCGGUACGCCAUCGCAACUGGAGUCUUCUCCGCUGCUGUUGACCUCUAUCUCGCGGUGUACCCGGGUCUGAUCCUUCUCAACCUUGGCAUCAAGAAGGAACCAAGAAAGAUUGCCCCUGACCGUUUGCCCUUGGGGGCUUGGCUGCAUGUAAGUGGUAGACCUGGGACAAACUCGGGACAACCCCAGAACCAGCACUGGCAAAACGACACUAGGAUCAACUGGCGUAGCCAUCUUUCAAGUGCACGCGUCUACCGUGUUGGCUGCCAAAAGACUUUUCCUGUACGUCGUCCCAAGAGCCUCAUGCUGAAACACCCCAAUCUCAAAUCGGAAUACCAUCUAACUCUCAUCGCAGGGGAAACUGCCGAGAUCGUCGUCUUGAACAACGUGGAAGGUGGCACGCUCAUCAUCGCAUCAUGCAUCCCGGUCCUCCAGCCAUUACUACGAAUCAUUAUGAAGAGAGAACCGCUCGCCACGUCCGGCACGCCCGGACAGGAAGGUUACAACCGCGGCGCAUCCGCAGGGCGGCCGCCGAAAUACUCCGAUCCCAACUACAAGGGACCUGCCUUUAUGCUGUAUCCUGUCAAGUCGCAUACGAGGACAACACACGGGUCAGCAGACUUUCUAGUGGAACACGGUGUUCCCAUAGAGAAGAACUAA